AUUUGCAUGAGACUGUUUCAGUACCUGUGGGGCCAGGCACCAAUGCUGCUCAGCAGGAACCGGGAAUAAUACCAAUGCAUAGAGUCAAACUGAGCCAAGGUACAAAUUGGAGAUGGCAGAAAUGCCCAUUCCUAUAGAGACACAAGAGCAUGAGGAAAUUGAUGGUCAUUCCAGAUACCAGCACUGUGCCCAGUCAGGAGAUAAUUUCUCUCUCCAACUUGGGUUGAACCUCACUGUAACAGUGUGAUACCAGUUCAAACCUUGGCAACUCAAGUGAUCUCAUCUGAAAUGUUGUCCUACACCCAUUGAUGGAUUUUGUAAAUCUUGUUACAGGUUGAAAAUGAGAAGGAAAGACUCUCAAACACGGCACACCAGUUUUGCUGUCUCUGACUAGAUACUUAAGAAGUGGAGCAAGAGAUUCAAUAGACCAUCUGUCCUUCACAGACUGUGGGGAGGGAUUCACACGGUCCUUUGGCCAACUAGCAUGUCUGUCAUUUUACGCAGGGGAAAGGCUGUUCACCUGCUCAGACAGUGGGAAUGGAUUGACUCGGUUAUCUCGAUUGAAGGUACAUCAGCAAGUUCACACUGGGUAAGGCCAUUCACCUGUUCCGUGUGUGGGAAGGGAUUCGGUCAGUCUUCCCACCUGUGCACACACCAGUCAGUUCACAACACACCAGGCAGAGGCUGGUCAUCUGUUGAACUUCUGGGAAAGGAUCCACUCAGUCAUCUGACCUAAUGGCUCAUCAGCGAGUUCACACUGGGGAUAAGCCGUUCACCUGCUCAGAUUGUGGGAAGAGAUUCAUUCAUUCAUCCAGCCUACAGAGACAUCAGCGAGUUCACACUGGGGAGAAGCCAUUCAUCUGCUCAGAAUGUGGGAAGGGAUUCACUGAUUCAUCCAGCCUACAGAGACAUCAGCGAGUUCACACUGGGGAGAAGCCGUUCACCUGCUCAGAAUGUGGGAAGAGAUUCACUCAGUCAUCCACCCUACAGAAUCACCAGCGAGUUCACACUGGGGAGAAGCCAUUCAUCUGCACAAUCUGUGGGAAGAGAUUCACCCAGUCAUCCACCCUACUGAGUCAUCAACGAGUUCACACUGGGGAGAAGCCAUUCACCUGCUUAGACUGUGGGAAGAGAUUCACUCAUUCAUCCACCCUACUGAGUCACCAGCGAGUUCACACUGGAGAGAGGCCAUUCACCUGCUUAGAUUGUGGGAAGAGAUUCACUCAUUCAUCCACCCUACUGAGUCACCAGCAAGUUCACACGGGGGAGAGGCUGUUUACCUGCUCAGAAUGUGGGAAGGGAUUCAUUGAUUCAUCCAGCCUACAGAGACAUCAGCGAGUUCACACUGGGGAGAGGCCAUUCACCUGCUCAGAAUGUGGGAAGGGAUUCAUUCAGUUAUUCCACCUACAGAAUCAUCAGCGAGUUCACACUAGUGUGAGGCCGUUCACCUGCACAAUCUGUGGGAAGAGAUUCACACAGUCAUCCACCCUACUGAGUCAUCAGCGAGUUCACACUGGAGAGAGGCCAUUCACCUGCUCAGACUGUGGGAAGAGAUUCACUCAUUCAUCCACCCUACUGAGUCACCAGCGAGUUCACACUGGGGAGAGGCCGUUCACUUGCUCAGAAUGUGGGAAGGGAUUCAUUGAUUCAUCCAGCCUACAGAGACAUCAGCGAGUUCACACUGGGGAGAGGCCGUUCACCUGCUCAGAAUGUGGGAAGGGAUUCACUCAGUUAUCCAACCUACUGAGUCAUCAGCGAGUUCACACUGGAGAGAGGCCAUUUGCCUGCUCAGACUGUGGGAAGAGAUUCACUCAUUCAUCCACCGUACUGAGUCAUCAGCGAGUUCACACUGGGGAGAGGCCAUUCAGCUGCUCAGUCUGUGGGAAGAGAUUCACUCGGUCAUCCGACCUACAGAGUCACCAACGAGUUCACAUUAGGGAGAAGCCGUUCACUUGUUCAUUCUGUGGGAAGGGAUUCACUGAGUCAUCCACACUACAGAGUCACCAGCGAGUUCACACUGGAGAGAGGCCAUUCACCUACUCAGUCUGUGGGAAGAGAUUCACUCAGUCAUCCAACCUACAGAGUCAUCAGCGAGAUCACACUGGGGAGAAGCCGUUUACCUGCUCAGAAUGUGGGAAGAGAUUCACUCAGUCAUCCACCCUACAGAAUCACCAGCGAGUUCACACUGGGGAGAAGCCAUUCACCUGCACGAUCUGUGGGAAGAAAUUCACCCAGUCAUCCACCCUACUGAGUCAUCAGCGAGUUCACACUGGAGAGAGGCCAUUCACCUGCUCAGACUGUGGGAAGAGAUUCACUCAUUCAUCCACCCUACUGAGUCACCAGCAAGUUCACACUGGGGAGAGGCCGUUUACCUGCUCAGAAUGUGGGAAGGGAUUCAUUGAUUCAUCCAUCCUACAGAGACACCAGCGAGUUCACACCGGGGAGAAGCCAUUCAUCUGUUCAUAAUUUGGGAAAGGAUUCACUCAGUCAUCCCAACUACUGGCACACCAGUCAGUUCACAAUGGGGAGUGGCCGUUAUUAUGAAUCCCUAGGUUUUGUUUGCUGUGGACUGUCAUUUUAAGAGAGAGAGACAGAAAUUAGGAUGGUGAGUCAGUCUGACUUGCAGGUUGUUUAAUUUGCUCACAGCUUGUUUAGUUUUAACUGAGGACAGAGACACUCAGAUGGAGAGGAAGGAGGAAAAGUGGAAGGAUUGGAACCGGGGAACUAGUGGCUGAGGGUCACUGUUUGGAACUUUCCUGUGACCACAAGGGUGGGUUAAUUAUCGAUUCACCAUAUAUCGAAUGUGUGGUUAUCAACUCGUUUGAUCCAUGGGUGUGGAUCGGAUUUGGCGUAUCCUGUGAAGACCACUUAUGUGUUAACCCUUGUCUGGGUUUGAUGUGAUAAUUCACUUGAAGAUGAUACCCCUUGUGACAAGUCACUUUCAGUGAUAAUUUGUAUGUGGAUUUGGAACGAUGAAGCAUAAAAUCUACAGCGACUGUUGUCUCGUUUUACCACGGUGGAGCCUGUGGAAUUCGACAUAUUUGCCUUCUCUCGCCAUUUACCCUGGAUUACAAAUAUCGCUCUCAUCAUCUAUUCUGUGGUUAUACUGAACUUUCAUACUCUAACACAUCAAGCCUUGUUUCCCCCAAGCUUAAUAGUUUGGAAGUUAUAUUUACACACAUAUAUACACAUAACUUCUGAUUAUCUUGCUUAAGUUACUGUAUUAUAACUAGAUUCUAAUAAAGAUCCUUUU